CUCUGUGUCACUCUGAACAGCAGGAAAGCAGGAAGUCCCUCCUGCUCAGUUCAGAGUAAAUGAAAGUGAUCUCAGAGUGCUGCUCUCUCUCAGUCUAGAAGUGCAGGAAAAUGGCAGAGGCCAGUAUUUCAGUAGAUCACGAUCAGUUCAGCUGUCCAGUCUGUCUGGAUCUGCUGAAGGAUCCAGUGACUAUUCACUGUGGACACAGUUACUGUAUGGUGUGUAUUAAUGGCUGCUGGGAUCAGGAGGAUCAGAGGGGGAUCUACAGCUGCCCCCAGUGCAGAGAGACCUUCACUCCAAGGCCUGUUCUACGCAGAAACAACAUGCUGGCUGAAGUGGUGGAGAAACUGAAGAAGAACACAGAACUCCAAGCUGCUUCUCCUGCUCCCCGUUACGCUGGAGCUGGAGAUGUGGAGUGUGAUUUCUGCACCGGGAGAAAACUCAGAGCCAUCAAGUCCUGUCUGAUGUGUCUGGCCUCCUUUUGUGAAGCUCAUCUUAAACCUCACUAUGAAGUUCCUGCUCUGAAGAAACACAAGCUGGUUAAAGCGUCCACCCAGCUCCAAGAGAAGAUCUGCUCUCAGCAUGAUGAAGUGAUGAAGAUCUACUGUCGUACUGAUCAGAGAUCUAUCUGUUAUUUAUGUACAAUGGAGGAACAUAAAGGACAUGAUACAGUCUCAGCUCCAACAGAGAGAACCAGGAAACAGAAUCAGCUGAAAGAGGUGCAGGAGAAACUCCAGCAGAGAAUCCAGGAGAAGCAGAAGAAGCUGCAGGAGCUGAAAAAGACUGUAAACUCUCUUAAGCUCUCUGCACAGGCAGCAGUGAAGGACAGUGAGAGGAUCUUUACUGAGCUGAUCCGCUCCAUUGUGAAAAAGCGCUCUGAGGUAACAGAGCUGAUCAGAGAUCAGGAGAAGGCUGAACUGAGUGGAGCUGAAGAACUCCUGGAGAAACUGCAGCAGGAGAUGGCUGAUCUAAAGAGGAGACACACUGAGCUGGAGCAGCUUUCACACACAGAGGAUCACAUCCAUUUCCUCCAGAGUUUCCAGUCUCUCUGUGUCUCUUCUGGAUCUGAGGACUCUCCCAGCAUCACUGUCCAUCAACAUCCCUCAUUUGAUGGAGUGAGGAAAUCUCUCUCUGAGCUGAAAGAGCGACUAGAGGAAUUCUGCAGAGAGGAAUUCAGGAAAAUCCCUCCACAUGCUGCAGCAGUUCAGAUUUUAUCCUCAGAACCAAAAACCAGAGAAGACUUUCUGCAGUAUUUCUGUCGGCUGACUCUGGAUCCAAACACAGCUUAUCGUCGCCUCAUUCUGUCUGAGAAGAACAGAGUGGUGAAGUGGAUUAAUAAAGAUCAGUCAUACUCUGAUCAUCCAGAGAGAUUUGAUAGCUAUGUUCAGGUGUUGAGUAAGGAGAGUGUGUGUGGACGCUGUUACUGGGAGGUUGAGUGGAGCACUGAAUGGGGAGGGUGUGUGUACAUCUCAGUCUCAUAUAAAGGGAUCAGUAGGAAAGGAUGGGGUAAUGAUUGUUUGUUUGGACACAACAGUCAGUCCUGGAGUCUGAGAUGUUCUUCCUCUCCCUCUUUCUUACACAACAACAUUCAGACUGAUCUCUCAGCUCCUCCAUCCUCCAGAAUAGGAGUGUAUGUGGAUCACAGUGCAGGAACUCUGUCCUUCUACAGCGUCUCUGAUACAAUGACCCUCCUACACACACUCCACACCACAUUCACUCAGCCCCUCUAUGCUGGAUUCUGUGUUGUAGGAACUGUGAGGUUAUGUGAUAAAAACUGAUGUGUGUGUUAAAUAUUGUAGAUGAUAAAAUAAUCUCCUAUAUUUCUGUUUUAUUAAUGAACUGAGAUAUAAAUAUAAAUCAUAUAUCUUUCAGCUCAUCAGAUGAAGAUGAUUCUUCUCCACAGAGCUGAAAUCACUUUCUCUCAGUCUCUCUGCUGGUUGAGUGUUUAAACAGAUGCAGAUAAAGAGCUGAAAGUGUUGUCAGUAACACAGCUGAUGGAAAAUGAAGCAUUAGAUUAGGAUGUGAAUGAGUUCUUUCACAGCAGUGCUUCAGAUAGUUUUUACUUCUGAAUGAGUGUUUACUAAAGCAGCUUCUAGAUGUGAACUGGGAAUAAAUAGGAAAUAAAUCCACUAAGAAUAAUAUUUUAUAUUUUUAUAUCUGUGCUGGUAUUUAAUAAGAUCAGCACUAAGUUUAUUAAUCCUGGGUGUGUUUUCUGUUUCUGCUACUGAUGGAUUAAAUUCAGAUCAGUGUCGUGUCUAGUCUCUGGAUAUGGAGUUGUAUUCUCAGGUCUUUGUUCAUUAGAGUGUCGUCUGAAGAAGGAUAAAGUUGCUUUUCUUUGUGUCUCUUUAGUAAAUAAGAUAAAAUCAGGGGAGCGUUUCCUGAUAACGAUUAAUCUUGAUGGUUUACGAACAACUUUAAGAACAAUGUAAUUUAAGAACAGCAGGAUUAGAAGUGUUUCCUAAACAUCAGUAAAUCUGUGAAAAAGUUUGAAAGAGUUCUUUGUUGCCUCUGAAUCUGCACAGGAAACUGAACCUCUAAUUUGCAUACAGAUUUUUACAUCAGGUCAGUGAUUUAUUUUUAAAAACUAAUAACCAAUCAGUGAAAUGAUUUAACACUAGAAAUCUCAGAAUUCUGUAAUUACUAGGAUUACUGUCUUUAUGAGCAUUUGAAAUUUAAAAGCCUAUGUAUAAAAUAAUCUAGAAAAAUGCAUUUUUAUUUUAAUAUAGAUGGCAAAAAAGGUCAGAAAGUGUUUUUUUAUUGUUUAUUUACUGAUAAAAUGAAUCAUGCUGUGCUAGUUUAAUAACAAAUAUGUGGAUAUGUUUUGUUUUUCUAUAAAAUCAAAUAAAGACAAUAUCUUGCAAAUAUAAAGAACAAUAUUAUUGAAAAAGUGUGUUUUCACUACAAAGUAUAAGCUAAUUUACAUAAAUUAAAAACAGCAAUCUAUUAUUCAGCAGGUUAUCAUGAAAAAGUAAUAAUGUUUCUAAUUAUUUUGUUUGUUUUGUGAUCUUCAUGCACUCUGACAUACAGCUAGACUACUUUUGUAUUAUUGAACUAACAAUAAAUUAGAGUAAUUAUACAAUUAUAAUCUAAUAAACACAUUAUUUUAUCUAUAA